AUGUACGAAUCAUUUGGUCGGUUGAUUGUGUUCAGAACAUAUUUAAGACUAAUUCAAUUUCAUAGACCUACCAGUUUGCAGGAGUACAAAAUGGCUACUAGAGAUAGCCCGUGGUUAAUAUCAUUAUCGCAUUCCAAAUCUGAACAACAUAAGGAUGGAAGCAUUAUAACUAUCAUAUUUAGAAGUACAGUCUGGACGAUCAAAAUCACUCUGAGGAUUAUGAUUUUGUCAUCGUUAUUUAUUCCUUUGUUUAUCACAUUGCCUUUAACUUAUGUGUUUGAUGCCUUUCGACAGCUUUGGUGGAAAUGGAUAUUAUGGCUAGUACAAAGAAGUGGUCCCACGUUCAUAAAAUUGGGUCAGUGGGCAAGCACUCGUCGUGAUAUUUUCUCGAAAGAAUUUUGUGAUAGAAUGUCAGUGCUGCACACAAAAACAAGGUGUCAUCUAUGGCAUCAUUCGCAGCAUGCACUUGAUCAAUUAUUUGGUGACUCUCGUUGGAAAAAUUUCUUGGUGUCAGUAGCAGAAGAUCCUGUUGGUUCUGGUUGUAUUGCUCAGGUUUACAAGGGUGUCGUUGAUGUAUAUGCUUUUGAAGAGGUUGUAGGGAUUCAGUUGCCUUUUUCAAGAGAUCGCUAUCUUGAUGUUGCAAUUAAAGUAGCGAGAAAUGGAGUGCGCGAAAGUAUUCAAAUUGAUUUGUUUAUAAUGCAAUGUAUUGCCCAGUUGAUGCAAAUGAUAUUACCGGGAUUAUCAUUCGUAAAUCCAGUAUCUUGUUUGAAUCAGUUUAAAACUAUGCUCGAACUACAAAGGUUUUCGACCAACUUUGAUGUCAAAAAAACAAGUGUACGAUUUCCUCAAGUUCUUUGUUUUUCAAAAGAUGUCAUAAUUGAAACAUUUGAAGAAGGAUCAUCUGUCAACAAAUUGGUUAUGGAUGAAGAAAUGAUGCAUUAUAUUGAAUUGAAGAAGGAAAUUGCACUCUUAGGAGCAAGGGCAUUGUUAAAAAUGAUCUUUGUGGACAAUUUUGUGCAUGGUGAUCUUCAUCCAGGAAAUAUUUUAUUCAGGAAUUUUAUGAGCUUCAAUGGUGGUAUCCGUAUGUCAAAUUGUGAUAUUAGACCUGAGAUCCAUAAAAGGCCUACAUUGAUAAUGCUAGACACUGGUAUUGCACUCGAAGAAACACCAAAAAAUUUAGAGAAACUCCGUCUUCUUUUCCGAGCAGUUAUCGAUAAGAAGGGUCGUGAAGUUGGCAAAUUAUUACUUAUUCAUUCACCAAAACAGAACUGCAAAGAUCCUGAACAAUUUUUUGAUGACGUCGACCGAAUAGUGCAAAUAGCUCGUUCCAAAAACGAUUUAAGACGGUUGAAUAUAUCUCAAAUACUGAAUGAACUAUUCUCAAUCGUGCGUCAUCAUAAAGUGUCACUGGAUCCAUCAUUCACAACUGUUGUGUUAGCUGUUAUAGUAUUGGAAGGUCUGGGACGAAUUCCCAUUCAGCGCUCAUAUUUGGAUGAUUUUAUACGAGCUGCUGAACGAGAUAACUUACUACUGUAUGUUACUGCUGCUGUGGGUGUUUUCAUGCCAGGUUGCGUAUAUAUGUUUUACCAAUAUGUCCAUAAAUUGUAUUCUGGAUAUGAUAAGAAGCGGGAACGAAAAAGCAAGGAUCAACGCAAGUUUAUAUCAGCCACAGUUUUUUAUACUGAAGGGAGAAAUCAUAUAACAGAAUUAGCUAACCUUAUUGGUGCGCGUUUGAAUUGUGAAAGAUUAACAACGAUUAAUUUAGCUGAUGUUGAUACUUCAUCCUUCAUGAAUUAUAAUGGUAUUGGCUUGUUUUUGAUCGACAGUGAAGUUACUGGAUGUGAGUCGAAAAGCAUUGAAUGGUUUUUGGAGUUUUUGGAAGACAUAGCUUACGAUCAAAAUUCAGCCAAUUUACCUUGUCGUCAAAUUCGAUUUGCUGUGCUUGGUAUUGGCGAUCUUCGUGAAAAUUAUAAAUUGCACAAUCGAACAGCAAAAGCAUUGGCAAGGCGAUUAUGUGCUAUUGGAGCACGUGCACUGUGUCCACUCUAUUAUAUUUUCAGCCAUUCAAAUAGUGGACUGGAAAAGAAGAUUUACGUUUGGGCAUCUUAUAUUGCAAAGACGUUAGUUAGGCGUACAAUAAGCAUCAAAAGAUGUCCACGAAGUUUUUGGUAUUAUAAAGAUGAGAGCGAUACUGAAAGUGAUGAAGAUUAUGAUGAGCAAAAAACUUUAUUCAGUGAAAUGGAAUGCAUUUCUGAAUCAGAAGACUAUACUAGUGAUUUUGAUGUUGGAAAUACUGAUGAAAAUGAAACCGAUGAUGGUGCUGAUGAUACUAGAAAUGACUGA